CCCCUCGAUAAGCACCCUUUUUGAUCCCAAAUCAUCUCCUUUCUCUCAUCUUUUUUUUCUCCUAGGAGACUCGACCAAGUCUGCAUUCCCCUUCACGCCGAUCAGCACCUCGACACGGAUGACUUUCGCUAUGUACAGUCGGCGGAUGACGGCUGCUGAACUUUAAUCCCUUGGUCGCUGACAGCUUCGCAAUUUUUUUUCUGUGAUGAUGUUGCUGAUAAAUUUCAAAUUUUGACUUCUCAAUUCCGGAAUGGCAAAUAAGAUCACUCGCUCUUACAACAACAUCAGAUUAACGACCCCCAUAGACCUCGGCACAACAGGCUCUCUUGCGCAGAUACACUACAUUGGCUGUAUACCACUAGCCCCAGUGAAACCACGCCGAGUCGAGAGGAGAACGGGUUUAAUACCCUCUCGCCUUUUUUCUCAAAAUCAUUCUCAUCAAUCCUGAACCUUUUGAACUACUUUAUACAUAUAUCCUAAGUAUUCUCACUCAUUCUGAGCGGCUUGCUCCUACGAAGUCAUUUGCCCGGCGUACGAGAAAGAAUUAUCACCAACCCCAUUGAUCAGAGUAGUCGACAGUCGAACCUCACCAUCAAAGGAGCUUUGAAUUCCACAUCCGAUACUGACGGAUUAGGAAGUUCGCUCUGCAAGUUACGCACUCUCCCCCUACGCCCACGGACAGAAAGCAAGCCACAUACAGCAGGUUGCACACAUUCGCACUGAGACUGGAGCAUGACUCCGAUGAAGCUUCCUUGGGGCUCCCGCAAUCUCAAAACUUUUAUUACCCUAAUAUUUGCCCUUAAUAUUCUCCUCUGCCUAUCACUCUCCUCUCAGCCGGAUUCCAAAGAUCACCAUAUCUCGCCUUCCUCCAGUCCAGAUACCCCUCGCAGCCAAAGUCAAGGAGUCCAGGAAAAGAAAAGCCCGCCCUUUUCGAAGAAGCCACUAGCACCAAAGCUUCCCCGGCCUAAACCACCUGCUCAAGAAGAUCAACAAUCUCCUCCCAAAAGCAAAACGUCUCCCAAGCAAGAAGCUCACCUUCCGAAAAAGAAAUCCGCCCAACUGGUCGCGAAGCAGGCAGUUAAUCAUACCGAAAAGACUUGGUCUAAUCACACUUCCCCGACAUCAUCACACCCUAAUCCUUUAAGCGUCCUCACCACUUCGGGUAGAUACCUUGGAUUCACAAACCAGUCACGACAUUCAGUCGACACAUGGCUAGGCGUUCGUUAUGCCAAGCCACCGAUUGACGAUCUUCGCUUUCGUGCCCCAGUCAUCCUUGACAAAAAUCAACUUGAUGAUGGUAAACUUCAACUGGCUUUCGAAUUUGGAGAUGCUUGCCCGCAGCCUCCCUUCAAUCCUCCCUUAGAGCCGGAGGUAGAUAUAUCAGAGGAUUGUCUAUACUUGAAUGUUUAUCGACCCUCGAAUGUAACCCAUCAUUCACUCUUACCUGUGCUGGUUUGGAUACAUGGGGGUGGCUAUACUUAUGGCACCGGUGCAAGUACCGAUGGAGCUGUCCUCGUUAGUUCCAGCUUCGAUUUGGAUAAGCCCAUAAUCUUUGUAUCUAUGAAUUACCGGCUUGGACCCUUUGGAUUUCUUAAUACGGAGGAUCUCCCCGUCGACGAUCUGCAAGUCGGCUUGAAAGAUCAAAUUGCGUGUCUCAAGUGGCUGAAGCUCAACAUCAAGGCUUUUGGAGGGGAUCCAAGAAAAAUCACCUUAUGGGGGCAGAGUGCAGGGGCUAUUGCGGUUUCUACACUGGUGACUUAUUUGUACGAUACCCCACAUGCCACACUUUUCAGAGCUGCCAUCAUGGAUUCCGGAUCACCCACUUCCCACACCGUCCCCCCGGUUUAUGUUUAUGAUCGCGCUGGCAUGCCUUACACCCUCCUGGUGAAUGGCACAGGUUGUGAUGCUCCAUCGACUGCGGAGAAAGGUCGCCGGAAAUCACGGAAAUCUCGUUCUACUCAAGUUGAUCGACUCGAAUGUCUCAGAGACUUGGAAUACAAUGUCCUUCUGAAUGCCAGUAUGACAUUGCUCCAAACUCUCCCCUUUUCUCGCCAAGUCACCACCUGGGGGCCGUCCUAUAAAGCUGGCUCACUUAUCGAUCGGCGUCCAUCUGAGAGACUUAUCGAUGGCGAUUUCAUAAAGAUCCCCAUGAUUUUGGGAACAAACAAAGAUGAAGGAGCACGUGCCGCAGCUGGACCAUCACUUGGUUUCCAUGGUCCAUUAGAGGAUUCGGAUACCUACUUUGAAUCCUAUAUGACCAACACCUCCAUUCUUGACUUUGAGCGGAUAGAUAAAGAAGUUUACAAGAAAGUUGGCGAACUUUAUCCUGACGAACCAUCGCUCGGCUCCCCCUUUGACACGGGAAAUAAUACAUUCGGCCUACCCCGAAUUUUCAAAAGGAUGGCUGCGUGGUACGGCGAUUUGCAUUACCAAGCUCCCAAGAGGUUCUGGGCUCACUACGCCUCUCCGCAUCAACCGGUAUACGUGUACUAUUUCGACGGGCCAGCAGCUUCAAAUGAUCCUUCCUCCGGAGGUGUUUCUCACAGUUCGGAAUUGCCGUUGAUCUUCGGGAAUAUCGAUGAAGAGGAUUUACCAGUUAUCGAGAUUAAGGAAACGAGAGCAUUAGCUGAACGGGUUAGGAACCGCUAUAUCAGUUUCGCGUAUGAACUCAAUCCGGGUGACGAUUGGCCUGCUUACACGCCGAGAGCAAAAAGAGUCAUGCGAUUCAACAAGAAAAUCGUUCAUGGAGAACUAAUUGAAGACGAUUGGCGAGCCGAGCAAUUGAGUUACUUGAACAGCGAAGCCGCCCAGGACACUUACUUGACUUAAGACAUACGGUUUCCCUCUAUCGGCAUGAUUUAAGUGGAUCAUACCGGUUAAUACUAAUAGCGUUUGCUCCUUCGGACCUUUCAAUUCUUCCAGAAUAUUUUCAAUCUUGCAACAAAUGCAAUAUCCACAAUUUCUCUGUUCUUAAAUAACUUGUUGUUGUUUGGUAUUCCAUCGUCGCAUCGUAGAACUAGUAUAUACAUUUGCCCAGUAGUCAGUAGUUUGUGUCUAUUAACCAUCUGCCUUUUCUUGAUCUAUGGAGUACAAUUUUUUUUUUUUUUUUUUUUUUUGAACUUCAAAGCAAAAUUUCUCACUAAUUAUAUCAUGAUGUUUCCUAGCUUUAUUGUCAGACAAUUUUCUUUACUAUUUUUACAGCAUCAUCUGAAUCAGUUACAAUAUUCACAAUACACAUCAAUAGAAUUCAAUUAUUUUCACAAUACACAUCAAUAGAAUU